GAAACAAAAUCUUUUUUAACAUAAGCUAAUCCUCUUUUCCUCGAUUACAAGAAGGCGAUGAGAAUCAAUGUGUGAAACUAUACUAUAAAAGAUUCAUAUGAUUUUUUUUUUAUUGGUAGGUAUUAUAGAGCUGAUCAUAUAUAAUCAUAUUAUUGCCCCUUAUUCUACUCAUUGACUGCGAGGGUAUACACCGUACGUCCUUUAAUAAUUAUUUCAUCAUCAUCCUAUUGAUAUCAGACACAACACCUUCUAACCUUACCUAACAAAUAUUCCACGAAAUAGUUUUCAAAUUCAUGAAUAGAAACAUCAUUCUAUCAAAUAUACCAGCUUUGAUAUAGAAGUCGACUCAAAACAUAACAAUCACAGAUAGCCAACAUCGCAUGCGAUGCGGAGGCUGUUGCCGAUAGCUUCUUGAUAAUUGAUAUCGAUCGAAUACAGCCUUUACAUUGAUAAAGUAUGCCUCUCGUAGAACUCAAUCCUGGAACCAGUGACUGGCAGGAUGUCAAACAUGCUGCCUUAAUAUUAUGGAGAGCCUCUCAAAUUUCAGAUGUCACUGCUCUGCAGAAUGAUCUUCGCAACUACGAUACAAUUUCCGCGCCAACAAUUAUUAAUCUUCACACUGGUAUCAAUCGGACUCGAAAAGCUAUUCUCAUCAACGACCAGGAUACAAUCACCAUUGCCUUUGAAGGGUCUACGGAUGAUGAGAUUCUGGUGAACCUGUGGACUGAUGGUAAAGGUCCAAACUGGUGGAAUCUUCCAUAUCCUGUAUACGUUUACGGGAAUAGAGUCCACAGUUUCUACUUGGACAUGUGGAAUGGGAUGAAAUCUGCCGUCUUCUGCGCUCUCAGUGACGCAGUGGCCACAAUGCAGGAUCAUAGCAUAGUGCCAAAAAAAAUUGAUUAUUGCUGGCUAUUCCAUGGGCGGAGGGGUGAGCACCCUGGGUUUCACAGAGAUUGUGGAACAUGUCCGACACACUUAUGGCUCUCAAUGUUCAUCCCCUCAAGACUGGGCCUCCGACGACACCCUUGGAUCGCUUAUUCAACACCUCACAUUUGCGAGUACGGGAGCAGGCGAUAUGGGCUAUCUCACAUUGCUCAAUGAGCUUUAUGGACGAUACCAGAUCCGAGCUUGGGAUUUUUUGAAUCAUUGGGACCGGACACCUCUUGCUCCUCCAUAUCAUUUCCGAAACUGGAGAGGCCAUCGUUAUAUCUUGCCGCAAGAGGUGACUUGUCAUCUUGGGGCUGGAUUUGGUCCGAUAGGCCAUUUGAUUCAGGGGUAUUAUCAAUCUGCUGAGUGGAUGGCCAACCAUGGAUUGGAUCAGGUAAAGACAGCCUACCGCAGCGGUUAUGCUUAGUUGAUUCAAGUAUUUGCAUUAGUUAGUACACGGGUGGUACUACAAUGUCUGAUAUGAAGUUGAUAGUACAUACGAUAAUAUAAUAGUCCCUUUUAUCUACAACUAUAGGUGUUAUAUGAAAGAAAUAAUAUAAUUUAUCAUGACAAUAUAUAAUCUUUAACUGUGUAUCUAUCUUUCA